CACGAAACAAAACAGCCGUCGGGGUCAGCGACUCGACCUCCAAUCCCUCAAUCCCCGUUCUCGCGUAUGUAGACUUCGUAAGGUAAAAGCUGCAUGAAAAUGCAUUAGCAGAUGGAUGCGCAGCUCUCUUUUAACUUCAUCCUGCACAUAUUCCAAAGCUUAUUGAGCGCCUGAUUGAACCCAACCCUCGAUUCCGCUUCAGUUACUCAGUCUACACCAGCACGCAACACCAGCGCCCAAGAUAAGAUGCCUUCAGCCUUAAUGAAGGUGACGCUGGCCGCCACAGCGCUGUCCAGUACUUCCAACUUCUUGGCCCAGAUUCUCAACUCCUACCGCAAGGAGAUCCCUUUCGUCUUCGACCCGGCGCAGUUUCUCCGCUUCGUCGCGCUCGCCUUCCUCACCGCGCCGCCCAACUACAAAUGGCAGCAGUACCUGGAGCACUGCUUUCCCUCCUACGAGCGCCGCCUUCCACUGCGAGAUAUCGAGAGCGGCCGCAAGGAAAAGGGCGACGACAGCGAGAAGAGAGUCGAAGUGGAGGCGCAUGAGAGCCGGCAGCCCCAGAGCCCGCAGGAUCAGAAGACCCUGAAGCUCAACUGGCGCAACACCUUUGCAAAGUGGUUCAUCGACUGCAUCACCAUUGGCGCGGUCCUGAAUACUGUGGCGUUCUUCGUGUUGAUGGGUGUUAUGAAGGGGCAAACGACGGCGCAGAUCGGUCACAACGUGAGAUAUGAGACCAUCCCUCUCAUAAUCGCGGGAUUCAAGAUAUGGCCGUUGGCAUCUAUCGUCAGUUUUAGUUGCUUGCCGGUAGAGAAGAGACUCAUCUUCUUGAACUUUAUUGGGCUCCUUUGGGGGAUUUACAUGAGCUUGGUUGCUGCUAGGGUUUGAGGAGAUCCUAUACAGGACAAUGAAAAUACAGGUCGUCCGAUUUGAAUGAUUUACGGCUAGGCAGACGUCGAAUGCGAUACAUAUCAGUCA